GGGCCCGCAGUGGCCGCCGCUCCGCGCUUGACGGCCGCGUUUGCAGCACUUGCCGCGGGGCAGUGCCGUAAAGCGCAGCCGCCGCCGCCGUGGCGUGAGGAAUAAUAUUUGUUCACAGAAAAGAUUAUCUUCUUAUCCAAAAAGAUGAAACCAAUUGGGUUACUGUCAAAAGACAACCGAGUAAGCACCAUAGACCAAUGAGUAGAAUCAAUAAGAACGUGAUUUUGGCCCUUUUAACUUUGACCAGUUCUGCAUUUCUGCUGUUUCAGUUGUACUACUACAAGAACUAUUUAUCAACAAAGAAUGGAGCUGGCUUAUCAAAAACCAAAGGAAGCCGAAUUGGAUUUGAUAGUAUGCAAUGGCGUGCAGUUAAAAAAUUUAUUAUGGUAAUGUCCAGCCAAAAUGUACCAGUAUUCCUUAUUGAUCCUUUGAUUCUGGAAUUGAUUAACAAAAACUUUGAACAAGUGAAAAACUCUUCUCAUGGCUCCACUUCAGAAUGCAAGUUUUUUUGUGUUCCAAGAGACUUUACUGCGUUUGCACUUCAGUAUCACCUGUGGAAGAAUGAGGAAGGUUGGUUUCAGAUAGCUGAAAGUAUGGGAUUUCAGUGCCUCAAGAUUCAAAGCAAAGAUCCCCGUUUAGAUGGAAUAGAUUCGCUUUCUGGAACAGAAAUUCCCCUGCACUACAUCUGCAAAUUAGCCUCUCAUGCCAUCCAUGUGGUGGUUUUUCACGAGAGGAGUGGCAACUACCUCUGGCAUGGCCAUCUACGACUCAAAGGACACAUUGAUAGGAAAUUUGUUCCUUUUCGAAAGUUACAGUUUGGCCGUUAUCCUGGAGCCUUUGAUAGGCCAGAAUUGCAGCCGCUUACUGUUGAUGGUCUAGAAGUUCUCAUUCCAAAAGAACCAAUGCACUUUCUAGAAGAAAUACCACAAUCGAGGUUUAUUGAGUGCAGGUAUAAAGAAGCUCGAGCAUUCUUUCAGCAGUACCUUGAUGAUAAUACCGUGGAAGCUAUGGUGUUUCGGAAGAGUGCAAAGGAAUUGUUGCAACUAGCAGCCAAAAUUUUAAACAACUUGGGAGUACGGUUCUGGCUGAGCAGUGGGACUUGUCUAGGGUGGUAUCGACAAUGCAACAUUAUUCCUUACAGUAAAGAUGUUGACCUAGGAAUUUUCAUACAAGAUUAUAAAUCUGAUAUUAUUUCAGCAUUUCAGAAUGCAGGACUUCCACUCAAACACAAAUUUGGGAAGGUGGAGGACAGCUUGGAACUUUCUUUCCAGGGAAAAGAUGAUGUAAAACUUGAUGUUUUUUUCUUCUAUGAAGAGUCUGACCAUAUGUGGAAUGGAGGCACUCAAGCCAGAACAGGCAAAAAAUUUAAAUAUUUGUUUCCCAAGUUUACACUGUGCUGGACAGAGUUCGUAGACAUGAAGGUUCAUGUGCCCUGUGAAACCACUGAAUACAUUGAAGCUAACUAUGGUAAGGCCUGGAAGAUUCCUGUGAAGACAUGGGACUGGAAGAAUUCUCCCCCCAAUGUGCAGCCCAAUGGAGUCUGGCCUAUUUCUGAAUGGGAUGAGGUUAUCCAGUUAUACUAAGAUCGUCGAUUAAAAUAUGAGAAUGAAUUCCCCUCUUAAAAGGCAGAUAAGUCCCUAAAAGAUAGAUUUUAGAGCCUGUCUUUUCUAGAUCAUAGAAAAGAUCAUCUUUUCCGCUAAACUUAAUUAGGAGCAAAAGAAAAAUGGCAAAUAUGAAGAUACAGAAAAAGUUCUAAUUCCUGAGCUAUCUGAUUUGAUUUUCUGAUCUUACAUUUAUUAAGGAAACUCCUUGUGCCUGGUACCAUGCUAGGUUACAAUGGAGAAGAUGAGAGGAGUGAGAUAUAUGUCUACUAUCUUUUCCCCUCCCUUUGGUAAGCAUCUCAACUUUCUUUUGAGGAAACGUCCCCGUCCUUUGAUGAACUAAUAAAAUGCUGUUAAUGUUUCCAAAACUUUUGAUUAUAUUCGGACUUGAAAAGAGGCUAACCAUUUAAAGCUUGCUAUCCUAGUUUAAAAGGAUAAGCCAUUCCAGGUCUGAGCAUUUAAGUUAGUUAGUGUUAGUGUUACUUCUUACAUUGUGGAGUCAGAGUUAAUAUUCAAAUGAUCACACUUUUAUUUUGCUUUUUUGUUUGUUUGUUUUGUUUUGUUUUUUGGGUCACACCCAGCGAUGCUCAGGGGUUACUCCUGGCUUUGCACUCAGGAAUUACACCUGGCGGUGCUUGGGGGACCAUAUGGGAUGCUGGGGAUCGAACCCGGGUUGGCCGCGUGCAAGGCAAACGCCCUACCCGUCUGUGCUAUCACUCCGGCCCCCAAAUGACCACACUUUUAGAUGCAAUCAAGAAGGGAUGCUUGGCUGGGUAUGAAGCUCAGUAGUAGAAUACUCACUUUGUAUUUGUGAAACCCUAACACACACAUGCACACAAAUAAAGAUGACAGCUAACUUAUUUUUAAGCAACCAUUUAGACAAAGGGCAUCAUUCUUUAAGAAAAAGAGAGCUUACUUAUGCCUUUGUCAAAAGUUAAGUACAUUUCCAUAUGCUUUCCAUUUUCAUAUUCUAGUGGGAAGAAAAUUUAUGCUUGUGUGGUAUUAAAAUUUCCAGCCAUUCUGAGGAUAUUUUCGCUGACUUCUGCUAGAACUUGUUAACAAGUCAUGCAAGUGAGACCAUGCUACAAGACAUGAUUUUGAAAGGGUUGUGAUUUCACAAAAUUUGUCCUUAUCUUAUUCUCAUCCACUCUUAGGUAGAAAUAGCUAUUAAUGACAUUUAAAAUUUUCUAGAUUUAUUAUAAUUCCUAUUUUAAUGAUAACACCAAAAUAUUAAUAGGGAUACCUUCUUAAACUUUUAUUUUACUUUUUUUGGGUUUUGGAUCACACCUGGUGAUCCUCCUGGGUCACUUCUGGCUCUGCACUCAGGAAUUACUCCUGGCAGUGGUUAGGGGACUGUAUGGGAUGCCUGGAAUCGAACCCAGGUCUGGCACUUGAAGGCAAGCACCUUACCCAUUGUACUAUCUUUCCAGCCUGCCUUUUUAAUUUUUAACAAUGUAAUAGUCAAUAUAUUUGUUCAUCAGUUGCAGCUCCAUAUUUUUAUUAUGGCCUCUAAGUCAAUUUAAAUGGGGCCAGAGACACAUCUCAAUAGGCUGGAGUACAAAUUUUGCAUGAUGGAGCCUUGAGUUUGAUGCCAAACAUCUCGUUCCCUCAACCCACCACAAGUGACCUCCAAGUAAAUGUUUCAGAUACUAAUUCCUGAGCACCGCCAGAUAUGAUGCCAAAACUAGUAAACUGGUUUCAAUGGCAUAUAAGCCUUCCUGAUUAUUCUUCUCUUGCAGUACUUUAUUUUUAAUCAGGUCUCAAAAAUGAAGACAAAUGGCAAACCUGGCAACUGUUUUUCACCCUAGAUAGUGUUCCUAGAGUUUAGUCAUUCAUAAUUAUUCUGUUGAAAUUGAUGGGAUGAGAACUCAGACUUUCCUGUCUAUCAAAUACCACCCACUCUGAAACCCUCCUAUUGCCUUUUUCUCCUUAAGAUACUUCCUAGAGUAUGUGGAAUUGUUCUGUCUCAUCACAGAUCUCUUUAAGUAUAUUCACUAAGUAAAAGGUAAAGGAAUGUGAAGGUCAAAGAAGCACUUUUUUCUUCUUUUGAGCUAGGAGGCUAAGGGUUUUUUUUUUUUGUGUGUGUGUGUGUGUGUGUGUGUGUGUGUGUGUUUUUAUCUUGUCUAGGCUGCCUGGACUAUUCUUUUUUUUUCUUUUUAGAAGUUAAUAUUUCUGUAAUGCUUUUUUUUGUUUAAUGUCUUCUCUGUUAUCACUUCUUUUCUUUAAACUAAAUUUUUAUUGAAUCACUGUUAAUAGACCCUUACAAAGCUGUUCGUGGUUGGAAUUUAGUCAUACAGUAAUCUAACACCCACCCCUCCACCAGUGUACAUUUCCCAGCAUCAGUGACCCCAGGUUCCCUCCCAUCACCCCCCAACCCCCCACCUCCUGCUUCUAUGGCAGGCGCUUUUCUUCCCCCCCACAUUGUGGUUUGCAAUAUUGUUACUGAAAGGUUUCAAGAGUAUCCCUUUACCUACUUUUUACCCUCAGAUCUUGUUCAGCGUUAUCAUUCCCAGCUACUAUUUCAUACUGGUCUCUUCUCUAUCUUACUUACCUACCCUCAGCCCCACACAUACUUGUGGUUAGUUCCAACACUUGGCCUUAUUUUACUGGAAUACUGGAAAAUAAUAAGAGGGCCAAAACUAAAAACUAGAAUGUCUGAGCAAAUGAACUGAUAGUUUUUCUAAAAUAAAGUUGGGGAAGUAGGGCAGGAGAGAUAGUAUAGGGGAUGGUCCCCCAAGCACUACAAGACACACUCCCUUAGCACAGAGCCAAGAGUAAACCCCAAGAACAAAUGCAUGUGGCCCUAAAACAAAACAAAGCACACACACACACACACACACACACACACACACACACACCACUUAGUUGUGGAAAUGUUCGAAAUGUUCUUGUGUUCUUCAUCUAUUCACUCCAGAAAUCUUUGAAAAAGAAAAGAAUUUUUAAUAAAUGACAACUAGUAACUUUCCUUUCAUUAGGACGGACUUUCAGAGCAUAAUCAUUGCAUCUUUCAAUGACAUAAUCAGGUACUUAGAAGCCUUUAGAGAUUAUCAGCAAACUUGUCCCCAAAUGAUCAGCUAUUUUAAGUAGCUUUCCCUUGCUAGAAAAUCAGCCCUUGGUAAUCAUACCCAAAUUUAAAUAGGUAAGCCUAAUUUUCUUUUUUAUGAAAGGAAAAGUAUUACUCAACAGUAGUGUUCCUGGGAAAACUCCACCCUACUUAACAUUGUGCUCAGCAUCUAGAAAGUGUACAUUUCUGCCUGUUUCAAAUGGGCACCCCCAAUUUGCCUGGGGAACUCACCUACUUAUAUUUAUAUUUUAUUUGGUUUAUUGGAGGGAGAGGGGUGGUGCCACCUGGUGGUGUUCAGAGCUUACUCCUGACUCUAAACUCAGAGAUCAAUCCUAGCAGGGUUUGGAAGACCCUAUGUAGUGCUGGGGAUCAAAUCCAAGUCAGACAAUGCAAGGCAAAUGGCGAAUUCUCUACUCACAGUACUGUCAUUCUGUUUCUAGAUUAUAUCUUUUCUAAUUGCUACUAAAGUACAAAUUUUUGAAGUGUCCAAAAUAUUAGCUACAUUGAUCUCUUCCAUAGACCACUAACUACCGAAAUAUCUCCUUUGAUUUCAUGCAGUUUAACAGAUUCAACCACUUGGAGCUUACCCUAAAGUGGGAAUAUGAAAGUUUUUCUCAAGACUCUAAAAGCCAGGUUUAUCUCGGAUAGCGAUUCAAGUCAUACUUCACCCUGUGCUUCUUUUGUUAUUGUUUUUUGUUUAUUUUUGUUUGAGGACCAUACCCAGCAGUGCUCAGGGCUUAUUCCUGGCUCUGUACUAAGUGAUCACUCCUAGCAGGCUGAGGUGACCAUAUGGGGUGCCAGAUAUCGACCCCGGGUCUGGUGCAUACAAGGCAAAUACUCUACCUGGUGUACUAUCAAUACAGCCCCACCCUACGCUUCUUAACAGUUUUCCUACAUUUUUUCUUUACGGAAUACCCCGAGUUUUAGGUCAGUUGGACCCAACCACUAGAACCUUAUUAGAUCACUUUUCUUUCCUCAUUUGAAUAUUCCAAAAUCAUUCUCUUCAUGUGACACUCUUGGGUCCAGUUUGCAGGACUUAUCAGACGGAAACCUUAUUACAAUAGCUAGAGUGUUAGGCACUUAUGUGUGUCCAAGGGAAACUCAGAGACAAAAUUAACAACCUCUCACUUGGCAACCAGGUUGCCACACAGUCCUUUUCUUAGCAGGGAGAACUUGUCUAUCCUUCUCUUUGUUGUAGCAACUGAAAUCUAACCCCUAGGAUAAAACCACAAGUUCCCAGAAUUGAACAUCCCUAAGAAACUGCCCUUUCCAUGUUUCUCUAGCUACAGACCCUGAAAUGUGACUACUAGAUGUCUGUCAUCAUCCACUUCAAAACACUCAGGUGUCCUUCAUCUUGCUCUUGAAUCUUAAAAGCUGCAGGGAACCUCACUGUAAUAUUCAUUGUAAACUGCCCCCCCCAUUUUAAAAAAUAUGGCUUUUAUAAGGUUGGGGGCACACCUGGAAGUGCUCAGGGGCUACUCUCAGCUCUAUGCUUGGGAGUACUAAGGGGACAGUGUGGUACCAGGGAUUUAACCAUGCAAAGCUGGAGACCCAGGUAUUUUAGUACCUAAUAACUAAACAAAUAAGCCAGUAAAAAACUCACUGGAACAAGAAGCACUGCUCCAAAAUUCAAAUGUGCCAUGACUUCUGGCCUAGUCCAUUUAAUUGUAUAAUAGAACAGAAUCUUUAAUGGUGUUUGAGAUGCUUGACAGAAAUUAUGGUGUGUCUGCCAUUCCCCCGUGCUCAGAAUGAGAGCCUGCAGUGGCAAAGCCAUCAAAGGGAGGAAUCUUACUUUCUUGUUCAAAAUUCUUAGACUUCCUUCACAAUUUUUUUCUUUUUUUCAAAAAAUACUUUUUCAAAAGAGAAACUUUUGAAAGUUUGACAAGAUCAACCUUGGUUAUGAUAUUCUUUUUAAAAAAAAAUUAUUGAAUCACCAUGAGCUGCAAAGUUACAAAGUUAUUCACGAUUGAAUUUCAGGCAGACAGUGUUUCAACAACAGUCCCUUUACCAGUGUCCACUUCCCUCUACCAAUGUCCCCAAUUUCCCUGUGUGCCCUAGUCUGCUUCUAUAGCAGGCACUCCCGCCCUCCCCUUUUAGACUCUGUAGUUAAAAUGAUUACUUAUAGGGUAUCAUGCAUGUCAUUUUACACUGAAGUUUGGGUUCAUUUUUUUUUACAUGUAGCUGCCCAGUUUUCCCCACACCACUUAGUAAAGAGGCUUCCUUUGCUCCAUUUAAUAUUUUUUGCUUCUUAAUUGAAGAUUAACUGACCAUAUGCCUGAUGCCUGAGAGAUUAUCUGUGGAUUUUUAAUUCUAUUCUGUUGGUCUGUGGAAUCUGUAUUUAUUCCAGUGCCAUGCUUUUUCAUUUACUGCCUCUUUGUAGUAGAAUUUGAAGUUGGGGAAAGUGAUCCCUCCCAUCUUCUUUUUCCUGAGUAUUGCUUUAGCUAUGCAGGGAGGGGGAUGUUUAUUGUUCUCUAUGAAUUUUAGGAGUGAUCUAUUUCCUUGAAAAAUGUCAUGAGUAUCCUUAUGGGUGUUGUGUUGAAGCUGAAUAAUGCUUUGGGGAGUAUUGUCAUUUUGACAGUGUUAAUUCUCUCAAUCCAUGAGCAGGGGAUGUGUUUGCAUUUUCUUGUGUCCUCCUUUAUUUCUUUAGGUAGUGUUUUGUAGGUUUUUUAUUUUCACAGGUCUUUCACCUCUUAAUAAGAGGUGAUUCUUAAUUAGGACUGAUUUCCAAGUUCUUGAUUUUCUGAGGCACAAUUGUAUAUGGGCUCUUUCUAAAAAAAUCUUUCUUCUAUUUUAUUGUUUGCAUAUAAGAAAGCCAUGGACUUUUGCUUGUUGAUUUUUUAGCUUGCCACUUUACAAAGAUUGUUUCCAGGAGGUUUUUUUGCCCCCCAGGAGUUUUUUUUUAAGUCUUUAGAAUUUUCUAAAUAUAGUAUUGUGUCAUCUGCAAAUAGUGAAACUUGACUUCUUCCUAUACUAUCAGGAUGCCUUUAAUAUCUUUUUCUUGCCUAAUUGCUAUGGCAAGUAUAUCUAGUACUAUAUUGAAUACAAGUGAUGAAAGUGGGCAAUCUUGUCUUGUGCCUGAGCAUAGAGGGAAGGCUUUCAGUUUUUCCCCAUUGACUAUGAUUGCUGAGGAUUUAUGGUAAAUGACUUUGAGUGUGUUGAGGAAAGUUCCUUCAAUUCCCAUUGUAUGGAGAUUUUUUUAAAAAAUCAUAAAUGGGUGCUGUAUCUUGUCAAAUGAUUUCUCUACAUCUACUGAUACGAUCAUGUGAUAUUUUUUUCUUGUAUUGUCUAUGCCUUCAAUUUCCCCCAGAAACCAUUAGAACCUAUCAGCUAAAUGCCCAUUUCUGGAGUACCCUCCUCUCUAUUGAUACUCUCUUAUGGAUGCAGAUUGUUGAGAAUAUAUUAUGCUUACUUCUUUCUUUCCUUUAUUAUUCUAAAUCAUUGUUUAUUCUUGAAUGGGUGCAAGACUUCAAAUGGUGUAUAGGGCAUACAAGGUGCUACACAGAAAAGAGGGACUUUAUAUAUUGGGAAGAACAGGGCUAAAUCUGGGAAGUAUUUUAGUCAAAUAUUACCCCAUAUCACAAGCCUAAGUCUACAGAUUUUUCUAAGUCCUUCCCUAGUUUCACCUUGAAAAAGUGAAACAUUUCUCAUUCUCAAUGUCAUUAAUCCCCAGGAGAAAGAUCUCAACACCUAUUUAAAGUCUGUAUACCAUUUCCACUCUCUGACACAUAGAUAUCAUAAGUUUAAUGCAUAGGAGAACUUCCAAUUGCUAGCCAGUAAAAGCACUUAUCUGGAGAAAUAUCCUAGUAGCUAUAUUUGUCCUUAGCUUUGUCAUUAAAACUUAGGCUAGACAACCAUGAACAUCUCACCUAAGGAGGGAAGAAUGCUGUCAUAAAAAUGAUCACAAAUUUAAGCUUAAAUUUGAAUUCAGCUUCAUGUGGGAUUAACCUACUCUUGACAUUUGUGAAUUCGGAAAUGAUGCAAUCUUCUAAGGAUUUGUAGUUAGGAUCUGGGGCAGAGAGAGAGAGUACAGGAAGUAGCAUCGCUACUGUGCAUGCAGACUAUCCCCUGUAUGGCAUAUAGUCCCCUGAACACUGCCAGGGGUCACUUCUGAGCACAGAGCCAAGAAUAGCCCUUGAGUAUUGCUGUAUGUAGCCCAAAUUUUAGCCAAAGGAAGAAAGGAAAAUGUACUUAGCAUAAGUCAUAGCAUUAGGCAAGUACUCAAGAAAAAUUUCCUGGGACCUAGUCAAAGUACAGCAGGUAAGUAGGGCACUUGCCUUGCACAGACUGACCUGGGUUCAAUCUUCAGCACCCCAUAAGGCCCCCUGAGUUUCCCAAGAGUUAUACCUGAGGAAAGAGCAAAAAGUAAGUCCUGUGCAUCGCUGAUAUGCCCAGUAAGAGAAGAAAAAAGGAAAGAAAAUUUUCUACUGUCAAAUAAAUUGUUUCUGUACUUUAGCUAAAAGGAAGAACUAAUUAUUUCAAAGUUUUAUAUCCUGCCUAAGGAAAAGUCAAGUGAAUCCUAUGACUUCUUAGGUUAAAGUGUAGAUUGCAGGUUUUUAUAGUUUUAAGGAAACAUUUGAACUUAAGUAGAGGAGAGAUUUACAUUUAAUAAAGGUAAGGAGAGAGAUAUUUACAUUUAAAAAAAGGUAAGGAGAGAUGCAGUGUUUAUCUUUUGGUGGGUUCUUAGUAAUUGCAGCAUCCUCAUUAAUUAAAGAUUAAAUUUACAUUUUGGGGUACUGAGAUAGGCCACACUGUAGGUGUGAGCAAAAAGCUCAAACCUUGAAAAAAUUUUACCAUUCACAAAAUAUUUUAAAAGGAAAACCAUAGUGCAGUUGUUAAUAGCCUGCCUAUUCACAGGAAUGAGUUUAAUGGAAGGCUUGUAGAUGGUGAAGGGUUUCAACCCUUCUGUGCUGACAGUAAAAGUUUUUACCUUUUGAAAGAAGAAAGAUUGUGAGAGUUCACCUUUUGGCUAAUAAAAAAAAGAUUUUCUUUUUAAGCACUACUGUAAGUACUCUUUCUAAUCAUUUGCCAGUGAUGUUUAAAAAAACAAACUGUGGGUCAGGGACAGUGAGAUAGCUCAAAAUGCUAGAGCUUUUACUCUGUAUGUGGGAACCUCAGGUUUAAUAUUUAGCACCAGGUGGUCUCCCUUCCUCUCUCCCAAGUACUACAGGGAGUGACCUCUCAGGGCUGGGAGAGCCCCCAGCACUGAGCUGGAUGUCACCUUGGCACUCUGCCAGUUGUGGCUCAAGUCUCUCCUUUUCCCCCCAAAGAAAAAGAAACUGUGAGUCAGGAUACAAUCUUUACUUAGAAUGUUGCAUGAUUGAAUUUACUAAUUAUCUCGUUGUAUCAUGGCACUAUAGGAUUGAUUAUAUGGUUUAUAUAUUUAGAGAUAUUGGCAAUUUGCCUCCUCUAAAUAAAAAUUUUAUUUUAAUUUUACUGGUUAUUAUCUCCUAGCAUUUUCUUAUACUAUAUGCUAUAAAUUCCAAAUGCUUCUUUGACCAAAAUAGUUCCCUUUCUUUACCUCCUAGAUUUGCUGCAUGUUCUGUCUUGAACAUUUUUAUUUGUUUGUCUAUUUGUUAUAGUCCCCCAAACACCAUACCCAACAGUGCUCAGGACUUUCUCUUGGCUCUGUGAUCAGGGAUAAUUCCUGGUAGGGAUUGGGGGACUAUAUAUGAUGCCAGGGAUCAAACUGGGAUCAGCAGCACGCAAGAAAAUUGUCUUAAUUUCUGUACAAUCUUUCAUUCCUAAUCCCUAUUCUUUUUCUAAAGAUAAAUCCUCACCUCACUAUUAGUAAAUGUCUGUUUUGCCAAAUUAGUUAUACAUCACAGCUUGGAAAGAAUAUUUGAAAUACUUUUUAUUUAUUGCCUAUGCUGCUAAAUAGUUUUUAUCAGUAUUAAUGAAGAAUUGAAAAUACUAAUUUCUGCCCUCUUACCCCAAAUUUCUAUUUCUGUUUCAGCUAGCAAGAAUCCUUUUGUCUCAGCUAGCAAAAGAUCAAUUCAAUAAUGAUACUUUUCAUACUUGAUCAGUGCUAAUGCAGACAAGUAUAAAUUUUUCUAAUGUUAAAUCUCUUCUGUAGACUCAGAACUUCUAACCUAGGAUAUAUUGCUUUGUUAACUCCCGCCCAACCUAAUGCAGAAAAGGAAAUGUAAGAAGGGCUUAGAGAGAGAGUAGAGGAAAUAAUGCAUUUGUCUUGCGUGUGACUGACCCUAGUUGAAUCCCCAGCACCACAUAUGGUUCCCUGAGUGCCACCAAGGCUACUCCUGGGCACAGAAAACCAGAUAUAACCCCCAAGUACUACCAGUUGUGGCCCAACCACUCACCCUAAGCCCUCUAAAAAAAAAAAGAGGAAUAUACAGAGACUUAGAAGUACUCUUUUAUUAUAUAUAUAAAAAAACCCCACUGUAAUGUCAUAAGUACUAUUAAAAAGAUCCUACAUUUAGUAGCUUUCUAAUGACUUGUUCAUAGCAUGGGGAGAAUCUCGUUGGUGUUUGUAACAUGAAAACCAUAUUUAACUAUUUUGUAUCCUUCUACUUCAUAACCUGAAAAACACGAAUGUGAAUUUUCUAACAAAGUGAUAUUUUAAACAUGAGUAAAUUUCGAUGUAUGCUUACUAUUUAAAUUUUGAUGUAGUUUACUAUUUAGUUUCCUCUUUCAGUAUAGAUAGUUGUACUUUAAUAUUAUUAUUUUAUCAGAAUUUGUAAUAUAUAAUCCUGUUUGGGAUGGUGAAUAAAGCUUUUCUAAUCUUAUUAGAUAGUAUAUGUUUAUUUUGGAAAAUUACAGUAGAAAUAACCGUAACACAAUAUUAUUUAGUGAAAUAGCAUUCUUUUUAAAGUUUGGUUUGGGAUUGACACCCAGAGGGGCUCAGGUCUUCCACCUGGCUCUGCAGCUUUGUAUCAUUCUUGUGGGGAUUAGGGUUCCAGGGAAUUGAACCCUGGUCAGCCACAUGUAAGGUAAGAGCUCUACCCAUUGCACUGUAUCUGUGGACCCCAAAAUAACAUUAAGUGAUCUGGUAAGAUAAUAACCUUGCUGCCAGUGCAAUAUUUAUAAAAUUCAAAUCUAGGAAUCCAGGAGUAUUUAUUGACAGAUAUGCCAGCCAAAGACCACCAGUAAGAUAUUUGUAAUCAGUUUUGGGUUCUUAUCUUGUUGCAGUAAAAGUGAAUACUCAUUCUGGGAACCAUAGCAUUUUGGAAGAAAGAACUAGAAAAAGUUUUUAUAAGUUCUGAACUAAUGUCAAAAUACACAGCAUUUGGAGUUAAAACAUUUUGUCUGGAUCCAAUAUGUCAAAAAAGAAUUAAACACCAUGACCAAGUUUGAUUUAUUCUAGACAGACAUGGAUGGUUCAGCAUUCAAAAUCAACAUAAUGCACCAUAUCAACAAACUAAAAAAAAUGAUCAUUUUGAUGGACAGAGAAAAAGAAUCUGACAAAGCAAAGUCCCUAUUGAUGAUUUAAAACAACAACAAGAUAGAUUUAUGUCUCAAUAAAUUAAAAUAGAGAAUUAACAAAAAAAAGAACCUACACACCAUACUUAAGAUGAACGACUAAAGUGUUUCCCCCUAAAUCUAGCAUAACAGUUAUCCCUACUCUUAGUGUAACACUGGAAAUUCUAACCACCACAAGAAAGCAAGAAAAGUAAAGAUACAGCUAGAAGG